CCUGCCAAGUACGCUUACCUGUACCUGCCAGACUUCUGGCAUCAUCACCUUUCCAUUAGAAUCCCCCAUCCCACCCUUGGCGCAUAUAUAUACCCCUCUCACACUCUUCUCUUCCCAUCAUAACUUAUUCUCUUGCUCACUCCUCACCCACCCCACCCCAACCAAACCAUAUAACAAACGCCAUAGUUUCCUUUCUUUUCUCUACUGUUUUCUCCAAAUUAAUAUAACCCAUUUUCCUUGAGAUGAAGCAGCUCAUCCGCCGCCUCUCGCGCGUGGCUGACUCCUCCAACUACACGCUCCUCCGUUCGGACUCCUCCCAGGCCUGCCACCACCGCCGCCCACGCGCCGAGUCCUUCCGUCUCUCCGCCCCAUCCAAGAUCCGCCGCUCCUCCGCGGCGGUGGUUCCGGAGGGGCACGUCCCGAUCUACGUCGGCGACGAGAUGGAGCGCUUCGUCGUGUGCGCCGAGCUCCUCAACCACCCCGUCUUCGUCAAGCUCCUCAACGAAUCCGCGCAGGAAUACGGCUACGAGCAGAAAGGAGUCCUCCGGCUGCCGUGCCGCGUCUUCGUCUUCGAGCGUGUUCUCGACGCGCUUCGUCUCGGACUCAACGCGCGUGACAUCACCGAGCUCGUAAAUUUCUCGCCGGAAGAGUUUUCCUGAGAAACAAAGCAAAAAAGAAAAUACGAAAUCCGUUAAUUGGCGAGAUCUUUUGCUGGUUUUGUUUUUUUUUUUUUUGUAAAUAUACUACGUUAGGAUCUUGAGGAAAAGAAAUGAGGCACAAUGUUAGGAUUUGUAGUUGUUUUGGGUUCUUUUUUUCUUGCUGUUGUUCGAUUCAAUGCUCUCUCUUACUGUAAAAAGGGAAAUUUUUUUCACUCUGUUGAUUUUUGCGACCAGAGAAUUAGAAUCUCUCUUUUGAAUUU